CGAUAUCAAAAACAGUCACCAGAAGAAGAAGAUACAGAUGAUGAAGAGGAUAUAGAUGAUGAAGACGAUACAGAUGAUGAGGUUGCGUCGACUCCAUUAUUACAAAUAAGCCAAAGUCGUCAAAAGCAGUCUAGGAAGAGGGAAGAAAAAUCUGACAAAAAUCAACCUAAGAGGGUUAAAAAACAUAACAUCAUGAAAAUAAAUAUCGAUGACUUUUCAGAAGAAACUCUGAGGUCAAUUGAGGUAUGGUACAAAGAUGAACUCGAUCCACAAGAUAUAUUCGGCGAUAAUGAGGUGACGAAGCAAUUCAGCAAACCGAUAAAGAAGCAGUUGAUGUCGAGCGACGUCGAUAAAGAUCAAUGCAGGCUCAUGUUAUCUAAGGAGCAAGUGAAGGAGAAGAUGCUUCCUUUUCUAGAAGAAUCAGAGGAUCCGGUAAAGGGAGUUGAUGUUUCGGUGUAUGGACCAGACGGGGCAGUUCAAAAGAUGAAGUUCAAGAUUUGGAAUGGGGAUAAAACACCUGUGUUAACUUCAGGAUGGAAGCAGUUUGUGGCAGAUUAUGGUCUUGUGAUGACUUCUGAUUUUAUCAUUGUUUGGAUGUUUAGGCACAUAAAGACUCGAAACAUUUGCUUUGCUAUUGCCAACAAUAGUUUUCCUUUAAAGAAGAAAUCGAGUCGAUGAUCUUGAAGACUGCUUUCUUGAAUCCAAAUUAGGGUUUUUGGUUUUUUUUAGGGAUUUUGUUUCUUUUUAUUUCUGUCUUUUUUUAAGCGUUAACUAAAAGAAUUAUCAGGGUUAUUAAUUAAGGUUUUAGUUAAGGGUUUGCUUCGCUAUUCAAUCCACAAGUAUCUUAAACAUAGAAAAUUAAUAUUUGACAAGUUAGAAAAAUGUGAAAAUACGUUUAUCAGGUUAGGUGUUACUAACUUA